AUGCCAACGGAGUUUGAAGCUGCCUGGGCUGCACUCGUGCAAAAGUACAACCUGCACAACGACCAGAUGAUGAUGCAGCUGUGGAGUGAUAGGAAAAUGUGGAUAUCAGCAUAUUACAAGAACAUUUUCUGUGCUAGAAUGACUUCCACACAACGAAGCGAGAGCAUGAAUCACGUGCUCAAGAGAGGGUUUGUCAAGGGGACCCAAAACCUACACAAGUUUGCUAGGAGGGUAAAUGCUUGCAUACAAACUCGGAUGCAGAAGGAUAACGAGCAAACAAUGACCAGCAUGACCAAUCCUGUGACAAAAACAACUUACGGCUAUGAGGAAGACAUGGCUAUCAAGUACACGAGAGCCGUGUACAGCGAGAUGAGGACUAGGAUGAGAAAAGCCACACUAUUUCGCGCAAAGCCUACAGCAGAGCCCACUAAGUACCAUGUGUACUACCACAAUAAGGCUGGCCAUGAUGAUGAAGACAGAUUUGCCUGGUCAAAGCAUGAAUUCCAGGUUGUAGCUGACCCAGAUAAUGAAACAUACAAGUGUGAAUGCAAGCUUUGGACACACACAGGCCUGUUCUGCCUUCACAUCAUGAACAUACUGGACUACCUGAAGCCCGACAAAUUUCUAGACAAGUAUAUCCUCAAACGGUACACAAAGACUGCAAAAUCACAACCAACAUUUGAUACAAGGGACUGCAACACAACUGCAUCGGAUGGCAGCUCAAGACUAUCGAAGCAAGACAACUUGCUGCUGCUAAAUUUGAUGGUUAACAAGAAAGCGAUGAGAUGUGACCAGCAAUAUGACAGAGCCUUCUAUGUUCUCAAGAGGCUCGUGGAAGAACUUGAUGCAAUACAUUCAACAAAUCGAGCAGAUGCUGACGAAAGGAUGGCUGAAGAGGAUGCUGAAAUUGAAGACGACCUUCAUUAUUAUGAAGCUGAAAUGCUCCAGACCGCUGCUCAAGCCAACCAAUGCAAGCAGGGUGUUGACCAAUUAAUGCAGCAGUGGCAAUAA